CCGUCUCCGCGUGGGCUCGUCGACUAGGGCGCAGUCGCAUACCCCCGUCCGGUCCCGACCGACCGACCGACCGAGAGAGGAGGCCUCAGCCCCGCCCCUUCGCCGCCGCCGAUUCGCCGCCGGCGAUCUCCCUCCUCCCCCUCCACCGGAUCCCCUUCUCGCGCUCCCACGCCGCCGGCCUCGGCCGCCUCCCGGAACCCCUUGCCUCCGUUGAUUGGUUUCAUUUUUCAAUUCCACUCCCAUUUCCACCCCUAUUCGUGGCGUGGGGAACCCGCGCGAGUCCGCCCUAUCCUUGCAUGCGCUCGUUGGCGGGAGGGGUUAGGGUUCCUUCGCGGACGCUCGCGGGGUUCCAGUAGGGGAGGAACAGAAAGGUGAAGGUGAAACCCUAGCUGCGGCGGGCGGGGAUGGCGGGGGAACUGGGGCAGCAGACGGUGGAGCUGGGCGCUGUGGUGCGGCGGACGGCGGAGGAGUCAUACCUCGCGCUGCGGGAGCUCGUGGAGAAGUCGCAAGGGGAGGCCGAGGGGAAGGGCGCCGGCGGCGCCAAUGGCGGGCGGCAGCGGUCCGACUCCGAGAAGAAGAUCGACCUGCUCAAGUUCAUUGCCCGGACGCGCCAGCGCAUGCUCCGCCUCCACGUCCUCGCCAAGUGGUGCCAGCAGGUUCCUUUGGUCCAUUACUGUCAACAGCUUGGAUCAACUCUCUCCAGCCAUGAAACAUGCUUCACCCAAACAGCUGACUCGCUGUUCUUUAUGCAUGAGGGGUUGCAGCAAGCUAGAGCUCCUAUGUUUGAUGUUCCAUCUGCUAUUGAAGUCAUGCUUACAGGGGGUUAUCAGAGGCUGCCAAGAUGCAUGGAAGACAUAGGAAGUCAAAACAAACUUUCCCCAGAUGAGGAAAAAUGUGCUCUGCGGAAGUUAGACGCUAGUGUGCGGUAUAAAGUACUUGUGACACCAAGACCUAAAGAAGUAUCUAAUGUUUCAGUAACUGAUGGAAUAGCUGAUUUUCGUGUGGAUGGAGAGUUUAAAGUUCUUCUUACUUUAGGUUACCGUGGUAAUGUAGACCUAUGGAGGAUAUUGCAUAUGGAGUUACUUGUUGGUGAGAAGAAAGGCCCAAUAAAGCUGGAAGAAAGUAGGAGAUUUUCUCUUGGUGAUGAUAUAGAAAGAAGAAUGGCAGCUUCUGAGAAACCCUUCACAGUGCUAUAUACCAUACUUCAUGAAUUCUGCAUCUCGCUUGCAAUGGACACAAUUAUUGGGCAGGCUAAUGUUCUUCGACAAGGGAGGUGGAAAGAUGCAAUAAAAUCUGAACUUAUCUCCGACAGCACCACUGGACAAACUGGGAAUGCCGCUCUAAUGCAGCUAGGUCAAGAUGGGGAAUUCGAUUUAAGUGGUUUUAAGAUACCUGGCCUAAAACUGAAUUAUUGGUUAGAUGAGAAAAGCAGUAGCUCUGCAGAAUCUGAUUCAUCUCCAUUCAUCAAAAUUGAGGCAGGGCAAGACAUGCAGAUAAAGUGUCAGCAUAGUUCAUUUGUACUCGAUCCUUUUACAGAUAAAGAAGCCAAUCUUUCUCUUGAUCUCAGUUGCAUUGAUGUUGAACAACUCAUUUUGAGGGCAAUUGCUUGCAAUAGGCACACACGUCUUCUUGAUAUUCAGAGACAACUGUGCAAAAAUGUUCAAAUUUCCCAGUCCCCAAAGGAUGUUGUCCUGAAACGAGAUGCCAAUGUAGUGAAAGACCCACAGAAGAAAGCAGAGAAGAAAGGCUUUUCAGAUUGUUGUGGAAACGAAGUGCUUCAAGUAAGGGCAUAUGGUCAAGCAUAUAUUAGCCUUGGAAUAAAUAUCAGGACCGGCCGCUUCCUCCUCCAAGCACCGGAAAAUAUAUUACCUCAUUCUGCGCUGCUAGAUUGUGAGGAAGCUCUAAACAAAGGGAGUACUGCAGCUACAGACAUUUUUGCAAGCUUGAGGACCAGGAGCAUCCUUCACCUACUUGCAGCAACUGGAAGUUUUUUUGGCCUUAAGGUUUACCAGCAGUCUCAGGAUACUCUGAAGAUUCCAAAGACCAUAUUACAUGGUUCAGAUUUCAUGGUCAUGGGAUUUCCACAUUGUGCAAACACCUAUUAUCUGUUGAUGCAACUUGAUAAGGACUUCAGGCCUAUUUUCCAUUUGCUUGAGACUCAGUGUAAUGCUAGUGAUAAGGCUAAUGCAAAUGCAGAUGCUAAAGAAGCUAUGAGGUUUAACAAGAUUGAUGUCGGGCAGAUGCAAAUACUUAAUAAUGAAUCCAGAACCAAUCCUUUUGAUGUUAAUCUGCAGGCUCUACAAGGUAUAGUGAACUGUGUUGACAUCAUGGAGAAUGGACUUACCAUCCAGAAUGGAAUUGAGCCUCUUCCUCUACUGCCUGCUUGUUCACCAUCUUUUUCGUCUAUUGUUGAUGAGGUUUUCGAAUAUGAACAUGCUUCUAUUGCUACACCAAAUCAUUCUGUGCCACCGUCUAGUUUGCCAUCCACUUCUCAUUGGGGUUCUCUUUCGGUUGGUUUUCAAGGAGUAAAUGCUAGAGCUGUCUCACCAAUGCAUGAUGGAGGCUUAUCUCACAUCCAAGCUAAUACUACUUCGAAAGUUUCUUCUGGAGUUAGUUUGAACAGUCAUUUCCCAAGUAAUUUGAGACAUUUACAGAGCACAAACACCUUUUCUUCCUCAAGCCCUGUAAGGAAUUCAUCUGCAACCAAGUUGUCAGGUUCUAAUUCUAAUCAUGACCUGAGCUCACUGAGCUCUCCUAGCGACCAUGGUAUUGCAGAUGGAAGUAAACUUCAGCUUGUGCCUUCGUCAACUACUGCAGGAGGAUCAGGGAAGCUCACUACCGCAGGUUCUGAUGGUGCACCUAGAAAACGUUCUCUUUCAGAUUUCUUACCAAGUCUCCCUUCAUUACAAGGACUGGAAUCUAGUGAGCCAAAUAAGCGAAGAAAAAUAUCAGAAGCAAUGCAUAAUCCUCUUCACUUGCAGGCAUACUCAUCUAAUUUGCAAUCAAGAGCCAGCCUCUCGAAUGGAAAUGUUCUUGUGGAAAGAAAUAGUUAUGUUCCUGCCACUAUAUAUGCUUCUGUGCUACUGCAUGUCAUUAGACACUGUUCUCUGUGCAUUAAACAUGCUCAACUAACUGCUCAGAUGGAUUCUCUUGUGAUUCCAUAUGUUGAAGAAGUUGGUCUGCGGACACCAUCCUCUAAUCUUUGGUUAAGGCUACCUUUUGCUCAAGAUGAUUCUUGGAAACAUAUAUGCUUGCGCCUUGGUAAGGCUGGAAGCAUGUCUUGGGAUGUUACCAUAAACGAUCCACAUUUCAGGGAGCUUUGGGAGCUCAAUGGAGGAAGCACCACAACACAAUGGGGUGUUGGUGUUCGCAUUGCAAACACCUCAGAAAUGGAUUCACAUAUCUUCUUUGAUGCCGAUGGUGUUGUUUUAACUUACAGCACUGUUGAGGUAGAUAGUGUUCAGAGGCUUGUGUCAGAUUUACGACGGCUUUCUAAUGCUCGUUCGUUUUCUCGUGGAAUGAGAAGAUUGAUUGGCGUGAGAUUUGAUGCCAAGCUAGAUGACAAUCAGGCAUCCAUGGAGAUGAAGUCACAAUCUGUUAAUAAAAGUAACAGUGACGGUGCUGACAAGCUAUCUGAACAGAUGAGAAAAACAUUCAGGAUUGAAGCUGUUGGUCUAAUGAGCUUGUGGUUCAGUUAUGGCACCAUGCCUAUGGUACACAUUGUUGUUGAAUGGGAGACUGCUAAGGGAGGUUGCACGAUGCAUGUUUCUCCCGAUCAGCUUUGGCCACACACAAAGUUUUUGGAGGAUUUUGUGAAUGGUGGAGAGGUAGCAUCCUUCUUGGAUUGCAUUCGGCUCACAGCAGGACCUUUACUUGCCCUUGGGGGUGCAAUUCGUCCUGCAAGAAUGCCUGUAACUGUUUCUUCUGGAUACAGUUCCAUGCCAAAACAGGCAAACAUCCCCACACAGGGGCCAUUAGCAAAUGGUUCAUCUUCAUCAAGCAUGCAUCAUGCACCUGGCCCCUCAAAUCCAGUAGCAGCCCAUUUGGGCGGUCAUAAUCUUCACACUGCUGCUAUGCUUUCCGCUGCUGGACGGGGUGGACCUGGACUUGUUCCAAGUUCAUUACUGCCUUUUGAUGUUUCUGUCGUGCUUCGUGGGCCAUACUGGAUACGCAUUAUAUAUCGCAAGAAAUUUUCUGUUGACAUGCGCUGCUUCGCUGGAGAUCAAGUUUGGCUACAGCCAGCUACCCCUCCUAAAGGUGGACCUUCAGUUGGUGGAUCAUUGCCAUGCCCACAAUUUCGACCUUUCAUAAUGGAACAUGUUGCUCAGGGUCUAAAUGCUCUUGAGCCCAACUUCAUGAAUUCUACACAGGCUAGUGCACACUUAAAUAGCAAUGCUGGAGCUCCGCAAUCUGGUCCUAGUGCAAAUCGUUUAAGUGCUACCCCUGGUGUUGCUAUGUCCAGGCCGACUUCUGGUGUUGCUAAUCAUGUAGCAGCCAGUUUGAGUCGAGCAGGAAAUGCCAUGUUGGCUUCGUCAGCUCUUGCUUCAGGGAUUGCUGGAACUCCUGUGCGACUUACUCCUGGAACUGGCCUUCCUGUUCAUAUGAAAGGAGAACUGAACACAGCUUUUAUUGGGCUUGGGGAUGAUGGUGGAUACGGUGGUGGCUGGGUUCCUUUGGCAGCUCUGAAAAAGGUGUUAAGAGGGAUCCUUAAGUACCUUGGAGUUCUAUGGUUGUUUGCGCAAUUGCCUGAUCUUUUGAAAGAGAUACUGGGAUCAAUUUUGAAGGACAAUGAGGGGGCUCUUUUGAAUUUGGAUCAAGAGCAACCUGCACUCCGGUUCUAUGUUGGAGGUUAUGUGUUUGCAGUCAGUGUUCAUCGGGUUCAAUUGCUGCUACAAGUUUUGAGUGUUAAAAGAUUUCACCACCAGCAACAGCAACAGCAAGCUCAGAGCAAUGCUCAGGAAGAGCUAGCAACGGCUGAAAUCAAUGAAAUAUGUGAUUAUUUUAGCAGGCGUGUUGCCUCUGAACCAUAUGAUGCUUCCAGAGUUGCUUCUUUUAUCACUUUGCUUACAUUACCGAUUUCAGUACUUCGUGAAUUUUUGAAGUUGAUUGCAUGGAAGAAAGGUUUUACCCAAGCUCAUGGGGACAUUGCUACUGCUCAGAGGGCUCGGAUUGAGCUUUGUUUGGAAAAUCACUCAGGAUCAGUUUCAACUGAUAACACAGAAAGCACUUUAGCUAAGAGUAAUAUUCAUCAUGACAGGGCCCACAGUUCAGUAGAGUUUGCCCUGACAUUUGUACUUGACCAUGCUCUCAUUCCUCACAUGAAUGUAGCUGGUGGAGCUGCCUGGCUUCCAUAUUGUGUCUCUGUGAGACUAAGGUAUUCUUUUGGAGACAACAAUCAUAUAGCAUAUCUUGCAAUGGAUGGGAGCCAUGGUGGGAGAGCCUGCUGGUUGCAAUUUGAGGAAUGGGAAAGAUGCAAGCAGAAGGUUGCUAGAGCUGUGGAGACUGUGAAUGGGUCUGCUGUGACUGGAGAAGCAGGCCAAGGAAGGCUGCGAAUGGUUGCUGAGAUGAUCCAAAAGCAACUCCAACACUGUUUACAGCAGCUAAGAGAUGGUCCACUUUCUGCUGGCUCAACUGCAUCAUGAGCUGUGACUUAUUGGAAACUUGUAGCCAAGCCAGGCUCGAGAGUUUUGUUGUUACUAGGCCAUUUCCGAUGAGCUGGCUGUUGUAUUCAGCAUGGCGGUUGGCUUUGUUACCAGUUGUAAAGAAGUUAUCACAGUUUUUUUUGAGGGAAGAAGUUAUCACAGUUGGUAGCAGGGAUAGCUUCUGAACCUAAGGCUUGUAGAUUCACAUGACAAUUUUGUACAGUAAAAGGGGAUGGUAGACUCUUAUGGAUCUUAGUCCAUUUCAGCAUGUAGUGUGUAACAUAGCUAGUGUGGGUAAAUAACAAAUCGAGAUGCAGUCUCAAACCGGGAUGAUAAAUCUUUGGUAAUUUGUCGUCUGUAUCACCUCAUUUCUUGUAGUAGUCUUUUUUUUCUUUCUAUGAUGGAUAGUUCAUUAGGAGCUUUGUUUUUCUUCCAUGUGUAGGAGCUUGGUGUUUGGUGUUAUAAUUUAGAUAAGGGUGGAUCUGGUACGAGGGGCAUGAUGUACAAGAUAAAUUGGCAUUGGUAAUGGACUGACACAUUCUGUUUGUAUAAGUAGGACAUCCCUAGUUGUGUUUAGAAUUCCUAGGAGAAAAGAAAAGGUGGUGUUUAGAAUUGACUCAGACAGUAAGGGUUGUUGCUUGGAGAUUUGAUCGAUGUUUCUUUUAUGUAUUAA